AUGCACCUGCUGGCGUGGGCGUGCAUGAUCGCGUGGGCCAUGGUGUGGGCGGGGAUGGCUGAGGGCUGCGGCAUGGGCGAGCUGCGGUGCCACGACGGGAGCUGCGUGGCCGACGACCAGUUCUGCGACGGAGAGCGAGACUGCCCCAACAAUGAGGACGAGCCGCCGCACUGCACGCAGUGCAAUCGAACUUACUACGGCGUCGUGGGCAAGACCUACGAGCUGCAGGUGCACUGGCCGCUGCAGACCAAGCGCACUCCGCCCUGUAACCUGACACUAGUGGCUGCUGGGGGCCCGCACGGGGACCUUAUACAGCUGGCCUUCCAUAAGUUCUCUCUGGGCAAGUUCAACUCCAAUACAGACCACGGAUGCCCUCACGGCCACAUGCAAGUCAUAGAGAACCAGAGAAUAUACAGACCCGGCUUCUGGUGCGGCGACGGCGUGGGCCUCGAGAUGUACUACUCGGAGACGCCGUCCGUGUCCGUGAUCAUCACCAGGCUUCCCACCGACAACGACCUCACCGCCCUCGACGCCUUCUCCAGCUUCUACUUCAAGAUGUCCUACAAGUUCCUCCGCCGGGAGUCGGCUGUCGUGCGCUACGGGCUGCCCUCGGAGCCUAAAUACUUGGGCCUCCGCGAUCCCACGACCGUCUGCAACGCGCUCUUCACCAACUGCGACCAGCGUCCGUGCUUCGUCCAGUCGCCCAACUUCCCCGGCAUGUACCCCAGGAACACCACGUGCUACUACCACCUGAGCCAGACGCGCCUGAUGGACGGCAAGCGCGCCGUGAUCGCCCUCAGCCAGGACGACGGCCGCCUCGUGCACGUCAAGAGCGCCGUGCAGUCCCACGACACAACGGAGCGGCACCUCAAGCUGUACGAGGAGUGCUACUACGUCGGGGAUUAUGUCCGCGUGUACGACGGACCGUAUACGACGUCGCCCGUGCUCAUCACCUUCUGCCGCGGCGCCAACGUGCCCGAGAUCGUGUCGUCGGGCCCGGAUAUGCUCAUCGAGUUCACGACGUCGCCCUAUGACUGCCCCCACCACGAGAUGCCUUGGACGCACGUCGCCGGCUUCGAGCUGAAGGCGCAGACGCGCUUCACGGCCGAGACGAACCUCGGCGAGGACUGCCGCAUGGAGAUCCGCAGCUCGGCCAACCGCACGGGCUGGCUGGAGGGCCUCGCCCACAGCGUCCCGCCGAACACCACCUGCGUGUGGCAGUUCCUGGGGGAGCCCGGCCAGGUCGUGUGGAUCACCUUUGCGCAAUACAAAACGCACACGCAAGUCAAGAAACUACAGACGAAAUACUGCUCAACCAAGCUGACUGUCAACGACGGCGUGUGGCCCGACGGGGACGAGAUCGCCUGCCACUGCCACGACAACGAGCCGCGCACCUGCGACCGCGCGCGCCGCCUGCUCGACGACUCCAACGUCAGGCCCUGCGGCAGGAACGAGUCGUACAUCUCCUCCGGCAGGAACCUCAGCAUCUCGCAGCUCUUUGGCGACGGAAGCGUGGUGACCAAAGUGACCUUCUUGCUGAGGUAUGAGUUCGUGGACCAGAUCCAGGCGGGCGAGUGGGCCGGCGACCCCUGCACGCGCGUCAUCCGCAGCGACGGGGCGGCGCAGGGCAACUUCACGCUCACGGCCCCGCACAACAUCUUCCUGUACGGCCGCGGGGGAAGCCCGACUCUGUCGUGCUCAUGGCGGCUGCUGGCUGCGGAGGACCAGGUGGUUCGCCUCACCAUCAACAGCAUCCGAACAGGGCUAUCCGAGUGCAGGACGCAAGUGAAUCGCCAGACGAAAGCGCUCAUGUGCGUGCCCCGAGGCCGCGCGCACAUGUCGCUGACGGUCUCGGAGUGGCCGUGGCCCGACAUCGAGCUGCCGUUGGCCUGCGUGUGCUCGCAGGACUCGAUCCCGAUCACGGAGGUGUCCCACGGGCCCGACCUCACGCUGAACCUCACCAUCACGGGCAUGCAGCCGCAUGAGGACUUCCGCCACUACUACUUCAACGUCUCGUACGAGUUCGAGAAGGCGCCGGGGUGCGUGGGCUCGACGCGGAUGCUGUCGGGGCCGGCCGGGGAAAUCGUGGCCGCGUCGUCGCCCUCGUCCGAGAAGGCGAAGUGCGAGGGCUUUCCGUGGCUGCUCAAGACCCCGCCCAACCACGCCCUCUUCCUGACCCUACCGCGGGCGAGCCUCGACAACGGCACCUGCGCCUCCGACACGCGCCUUUUCUUCCACGUGCCCGGGCGAGCAGAGCCCGUGUACGGCGUGUGCCCGGCGGCGGACCCGGCGGCCGCCAUCACGUUCUUCUGGCCGCCGCGGGAGUGGAACAGCCCGCCGCCGCCGCCGGAGGAGACGGAGGCCAGCGACUCCAACGGCUACGACGACUCUGAGGACGACUUCAAGAGCAGCGAGCUGGACUUCCGGGAGUCGUACGGCGGCCGAGGGUCGUCCCUGGUGGUGGUGUGGGAGCCGCGCAGCGCGUCGCGGCUCAAGCUGCGCUGGCUCACCACGUGGAGUCCGGCCGACCUGGAGGGCUACGACUUCGCCUACGCGACGGCGUCCCUGGAGGGGCGCAGCGGCUGGCGAGACCUCCCGCCCGAGCCGCCCUGCAAGGAGCUGUGCCCCGAGCUGGGUCCCGCGUGCAUCCCCGCGGAGCUGUGGUGUGACGGGAAGCAGCACUGCCCGCAAGGAAGCGACGAGACCGUGGCCAACUGCCUUCUGGAGCGGGUCCCUUGGCUGUACCUCACCAUAACGGCAUUCACCCUGCUGACUCUCCUGCUCAUCACCGCCUCCGCUAUCCGCCGCCACCGCCGCCAGCUGGCCAAGAAGCGGCAGCAGGAGGCAAGGAGGGUUUCCACUCAGGAGUCGAUUCUACCGCCGAAAGACAAAAGCUUAAGUGCCUAUGCUCUUGACUAUACCGACAUGGACUUCGAGACUACUGUGUGA